AUGGCAACGUUAUAUGUGAUUGCAGCUCUGUUGUGUAUCCUAAAACCCGUAGCUUUUGCCCAGGAGAGCUCGGUAUUUUUUAGUUAUUCGGGCUCAACGGGCCCGGACCGUUGGGGAAGUUUAAGCCCGGACUAUGCCAAGUGCUCCAGUGGAAGAUCACAGUCCCCCAUCAACAUCGUUAACGGCGAGGCAGUGAUAAACACCAAUUUGAAAGCUUUGGAUAUACAAUUCCGUGACUCCGUUAGUGCUUCUUUGGUUAGCAAUGGCUUCAAUGUUCUGAUGCGUUUCGAUGGAGAUGCAGGAAAGUUGGUCUUCGGCGGUAAAAAUUACGCCUUGAAGCAAAUGCACUGGCAUACUUCUUCUGAACACCGAGUUGACGGAACUCAAUAUACGGGUGAGGUUCACCUAGUCCACAACGCGGCAGAUAGCAGCGUGGCUGUGGUAUCAGUUCUUUUGCAAUCAGGCCAAUCUGAUCCCAUUAUUGCCAAGGUACAACAACAAUUAGAUAAGUUACCAAGUAAAAAGUCAAAUGAAAGCCCACCUGAAAUUGCAUUGGGAAAUGUGAAUAUUCAAGAAUUAAGCGGAUUAACCAAUACUGAUAAGUACUACACUUUUACCGGUUCCCUCACUACUCCCCCAUGCACGGAAGGUGUUACAUGGAUAGUUAUAGGAAAGAUUGGCUCAAUCUCAAACGGUCAAAUUGCUGCUCUGAAACGUCCAAUGGACGACGGAAGCAAGACUAAUGCAAGACCAGUGCAGGCUAUAAAUGGACGAAACGUGGAGGCUUACCAAGCUUAA